AUGCUUCGUCAAGGCGCGGGUACUCUUCAGCUUGUCUCACAUGGCUUCGUAAAUGCCGAGCAGGCUCGUGGGUUUGCCACUUUGAAGGACAUUUCCAUCCGUCUGAAGUCGGUCAAGAACAUCCAAAAGAUCACAAAAUCCAUGAAGAUGGUCGCCGCUGCCAAGUACGCUAAGGCUGAACGUGACUUGAAGGGAGCCAGAGCCUACGGAGUCGGAGCUAAGGCUUUCUUCGACAACAUUGAUCCAGUUGCCGAAGAUACCGCCACCCCAAAGGAGGAGUCAAAGAAGCAAGUUUUGGUUCUUAUCACCUCAGACAGAGGACUUUGUGGAGCCGUGCACACGUCUAUCGUCAAGGAGGCCAAGCUCAUCCUCAAUAAUGCUGGAGACAAGGACAUCCGUGUUGUUGCUAUCGGAGACAAGUCCAGAGCUGGACUCCAACGUCUUUUCGCCAAGCAUUUGUUGGUUUCCGGAAACGAAAUCGGACGUGCCCCACCAACCUUCGCUGAUGCCUCCAUCGCGGCUAAGGCUGUCCUCGACUCUGGAUUCGAUUUCGAGACCGGACACAUCAUCUUCAACAAAUUCAAGUCUGUUGUCUCCUACGAGACAUCUAAGCUCCCAAUUCUUCCAUUGGAAGCCAUCAAGGCCAAGGAAGCUCUUACCACCUACGAUUCCGUCGAUGACGAUGUCCUUCAAUCGUAUUCCGAGUAUUCGCUCGCCCAAUUGAUCUAUUACGCUAUGAAGGAGUCCGCCACCUCGGAGCAGAGCUCCAGAAUGACUGCUAUGGACGGAGCAUCGAAGAACGCCGGAGAAAUGAUCGACAAGCUGACAUUGGCUUUCAACAGAACUCGUCAAGCAGUAAUUACCCGCGAACUUAUCGAAAUUAUUUCCGGAGCCGCUUGCGUCUAA